CCCUUCGAUAGUCCCCUACGUGCUGAAUAUUCCCCUCAGUUGCUUGCUCUUACACUACACGGCCUAGUCAGGCGAUUCUUUUCCCUUAGUAUAUAUAAAUUUACCCGAUCGUUGUUCUGCCUUUUGGGAACUGUAUUGUCUUGUUCCAAAGGUACAUUCUCUCAAACACGAAGGAGAGAAACAUAUCUUCGUUUUGUUACCAAUUGCUACCUGCAUGCAAUACAUAUAGAAGAUCAUCUCUCGGCUCCCUUGAAAACAAGUCGAGCCAUUUCCAUCAAACUAUCCAAGAAGCCCACAAAAUCUUACAUUUUGAAAAACUUAAAGAUUUUACUAGAGUUAAGUUAAAGAUUUGAAUUAAGUUAAAAAAUGAAAACUUGUGAAACAAAUUUUCCACCGACACAAAAACGAUCUGACAUUAUUUUGCACCGUCUGAACUCUCAACAAAUCCAUCCGAAUAUAAUGAAGAAAAAGUCCCCGUCCAGAAAGCCGAACUUGAUUCCAGCAGUAGAUUUGGACUCAUUGAAGACCAUCGAAGACUGCUACGAAAAGUUAGUCCAAAUAGUACCCAAAGCUGAGAGCAAAAUGGGGCAGGACGACUUAAUCGGAUGUGUGAUUGACUACAUAUCGGAACUUGAGGACGAACUUCUUCGCCGAAUGGACUUCGGAACUGAUCUGCGAUUGGAGGAUGACUCGGAUACGAGCUCGGACGAAGAAGACGAAGUCGUAUGCGGCUCGGGAUCAAUGGUUGAAAGUGUUCAGCGGGACGAAACUUCAAUGCUAAUUCCGACCACGGCAACAACAAUUUCAUCAGAUUUAAUCGGCGCUGCCCGAACACCAUUGAAGAACCUAGAUGAUAAUUUGGCAGUUUUUGUCGACAAAUCAGAACAGAAUCCCUUCAGCCUAUGACAUUUCCUCCAAGAAAGAAAACGGAGGAUCUCGGGACCGGGAGAGUUUCGAACAUGCCAUUAUCUCUUUUUAACUCUAUCUGUUUGCUAUGAGGACAGGCCACGUACAUACUCUCCCCCUCGUUGUCUAGAUUUUUCUCUUGAGACAACUGGCUCAGAUCUCCGAGCCAUGAUUUUUUCACGCCGAGAUAUGAAGUCCCAGUUGUGGAAAGAGGAAAAUCAUGGAUUAAAAAAGCAAACAAACAUACAAACCACAACAAUAGCAGUUGAUUCGAAAUAUUGAUUAGAGCUGGAAACAUGCUGGGAGGCUGAGCCUCUUCCCCACAUGAGUAAUUUGGCCCAAAAAACAAUAACAACAACUGAUCAAAUUAUGUUCACCUGUGAUGCUGUUCCCUAGUGAAAUGAUUUCACACUUGGUGCUACUUUCUAAUUAGUGACAUUUUCUUUCUCUCAUUUCAUACCAGAUUUCAUUUCUUAUUCUCAUUUGCAAAAUUAGCGGAGUUGAAAAACUUUCCUACGGAUUUUCAGUUAUGAUGCGUUUUGGAUAAAUAACAUGUAAAUUACAUGCAGUUUAGAUUAGGUUAGAUGAUUAUUAAUAUAAUUGUAAAAGUGAUGUCGUACCUUGGUCCAAGAGGUGGAUGCUAUAACGUAUGAUGAGUUAUCGACAUCUGUGGUGUGAUGUUAUAACCAUUCAUUAUUAGCUGCCCCGCCAAGCAUCACUGUUCGCCUUGACCGGCUGUCAAAACAGAGCUAAGCUAACUAAUUACUAUACUGCCAACAACUAACCCGGGUCAAGUUCAGGGUCAACUCUCACUUCACUCUCUCCGGUUGACCUUGACAUAAGACUGACCUGUUUCUUCUGGCAUUACCUAUGGUGUUGGGUCUACAUACACUACUUCUUCUCUCACACAUAAAUGUCAUCAUUAAAACCACACUUACUCGGCUUCUUUUUCAUCAUGAAUUAAUAGCUGCCUCAUGUUUUUCCUGUCAACCUUCAUUUAUUUUUGUUAACCAUUCAACUUACUUUGCCAGUGUUAUAAAUUAUGUAAACUUGAAAUAAUGUUAACAAAUUUUUGACUCAGGUCACUGAUUUUGUUUAUAAUUACUGUUUCCAUAACAAGUUGAGUGAAACUCUUUGAUAUCAGAAGCCUGUUUUCUGGCAAAAUCUAGCUCAAGUGAUUAUCUUCAUAGUUCACAUUCAUAAUUUGAAUUCAAAUGUUACUAUGAA